UUAGCCAACUCAUCUUCUGUCAGGCUCAUGAAAUGGACUCAGUCUAUGAAAAUUCUAGAAUCGUCCUUUCAACGGUUGCUUCAAAUGAAAACUCUCGGAAUGAAGGAAACCACAGUUAUGAGCAAGAAAGUGAGAGGGAAGUCAAUACCGCAAAGUGGAAUAAACUUCUGCUGACUGUUUUUGCUGUGUCUCUGGUUUUUGCUCUUGGAGGUCUCUGUGUUGUAAGCAUACUGUAUGUCAGGGCUUUAACGCAACAGUCUGCCCAAACUAACACCAAAAUCAUGAAGAGACAGCUUGAGGAACUGACAGCAAACUGCAGCAGAGUUAAAGAUGACCUCUACAUUAAAGACUCCAUGAUGAAAGAUCUGACAGCGAACUACAGCAGAGUUAAAGAUGAUCUCCACAUUAAAGACUCCAUGGUGAAAGAGCUGACAGCUAACAACAGCAGAAUUAAAGAACAACAGUCCUUUUAUAAAGCAUUUAGAGCAUCAAACAUGACAGCUUUUCAAGGAAAGCUGUAUUUCUUCAGCUCUGAUAAACUAACUUGGUCAAGCAGUCGAGCUUUCUGUGUUUCAAGAGGAACCGAUCUGGUCACCAUAACCAGCCGAUCUGAACAGGCGAGACAUUUUAAAGCUGUUGGAUGUUCAUUGAAUCUGUGAACUUUAUGGGCCCUAUCAUACACCUGGCGCAACAAUUGUUGUUCGCUAGUUUCAGCUCGACGCAAGAGUCGUGUUGACGUUUUGCAGCACGCUGUUUAAAUA